AUUUGUUUUCCAGAAGGCUCAAACGACUCUUCGUAAAAACAACAUGGCCCACCAAUUUCCACCUCUUAAAAAUGACCUGCUUCUACGCGCAGCGAGAGGCGAACAAGUCGAGCGAACACCGAUAUGGAUUAUGAGACAGGCUGGACGCUAUCUGCCUGAAUUCCACGAGAUUCGCAAACACCAUGGUUUCUUCGAAGUUUGCCGUACACCUGAAUUAGCUUGCGCUCUUACUCUUCAACCCAUCGAUCGUUACGGCUCCCUUCUUGACGCCUCUAUCAUCUUUUCCGAUAUCCUCGUCAUUCCCCAAGCUUUAGGACUAGAAGUCAAAAUGAUCGAAGGUAGAGGUCCUGUUUUCACAGCCCCACUCGACACCCCUGCAGAUAUUUCACGACUUCAUGAAAAGAUUGAUGUUGGCAAGGAGCUUGGUUAUGUUUAUGAAGCUAUCACUUUGACAAGAACGAAGUUGGAAGGACGUGUGCCAUUGUUGGGUUUCGUUGGUGCUCCAUGGACCUUGAUGGCUUACAUGAUUGAAGGUGGUGGCAGCAAGACUUUAGCCAAAGCAAAGAGUUGGUUGUGGAAAUACCCUGAGGAGUCUCAUCGCCUACUCCAAAGAAUCACCGAUGUGUCUGUUACCUUCCUUGUCGGACAAGUUAAGGCAGGAGCUCAGAUGCUUCAAGUGUUUGAUUCUUGGGGUGGCGAACUUGGUCCUGACGACUUUAAGCAGUUCUCCCUUCCCUAUAUCGCUCAAAUUGCUUCUCGAGUAAAGGAGCAACUUGACAUUGCUGACAUUGAGGUGGUUCCUAUGACUAUUUUCGCCAAGGGUUCUUGGUACGCUUUGGAGGAUCUUUCAUCCAUCGGUUACGAUGUUGUCUCCCUUGACUGGACAAUUAGCCCCAAAUAUGCUCGAAGCGUGACAAAGGAUCGCGUGUGUCUGCAAGGCAACAUGGACCCCACUGCCCUGUACGGCCCAGACGAAGCCAUUAGAGAAAUCGCUACCAAGAUGGUUAAGGAUUUUGGAAAGGAUGCCAAAUAUAUCGCCAACCUCGGUCACGGCAUUCUUCCAACCGUCAACCCAGAUUCUCUCAAAGUUUAUCUGGAAACCGUGCAACAGGUUUCUGCGGAAAUUAGAAAGCAAUAGAUACAAACAUAUUUGCCUAGUGAAUUCCUUACGUCUUUCAAAAGUUAUGUCAAAACGUCAUUGUAAUCACCAGCAGGUCUUAAACUGGUAUCAUCAUAAAUAUACACUACUUGAAUAGCUUACCUGCCGUAAUUGACGUGUUAUAUCAUAGGCUGCCUAUAUGAGCA